AUGACAUCAGAAAAAUAUCAUCGAUUAGAAAAACUUGGGGAAGGAACUUAUGCAACAGUAUACAAGGGUAAAAAUAAGAUGACUGGUGAGAUUGUUGCUCUGAAAGAGAUUCAUCUGGAUUCAGAAGAAGGAGCCCCAUCCACUGCCAUACGCGAGAUAUCGUUAAUGAAAGAAUUGAAGCAUAAUCACAUCGUGCGUCUUCAGGAUGUGAUUCACACUGAGAAUAAGCUUAUGCUGGUUUUUGAAUACAUGGAUCAAGAUUUGAAGAAAUACAUGGAUACACAUGGAAAUCAUGGGGCUUUGGAUCCGUACACGAUAAAAAGUUUCAUGUAUCAAAUGUUACAGGGAAUCGCUUUCUGUCACGAAAAUCGAGUGCUUCAUCGUGAUCUAAAACCUCAAAAUCUUCUCAUUAAUAAAAAUGGGAAUCUCAAACUUGCCGAUUUCGGACUUGCUCGUGCUUUUGGUAUCCCAGUUUCCACGUUCUCAAAUGAGGUGGUCACCCUCUGGUAUCGUUCCCCUGACGUGUUACUUGGCUCCAGAUCAUAUUCAACCUCGAUCGAUAUAUGGUCAGCUGGUUGUAUUAUGGCAGAAAUGUACACCGGACGUCCGUUAUUCCCCGGCACCACCAAUGACGAUCAAUUGAUCAAAAUAUUUCGUAUAAUGGGCACGCCAAAUGAAUCAACAUGGCCAGGCGUGACGCAAUAUCAAGAUUUUCAUAAGCCAUAUCCAGCUUAUACCCCUCAAGAUAUGGCCACUCACUUGCCUAUGAUAGACCCUUCGGGAAUGGAUUUAUUGAGCAAAAUAACGCAUUAG